AUGACAAUACAAAAUUCGGAAUCAAGACUACUUCCAGGUAAUUUCUCAAACAGAUAUUCAGCCACGACCCCUGAAAUGCAUAACACUACUGAAUCUCAUCUAUUUCAUCGACAAUCAGAUUCGAGCAAAAGUUUAACCAGCCCUUCAGAAUUGCAGGAUGUCAACUCAUCUCCAAUGCGGAGUUUCCUAACUUCUGAACAACUCGUAAAAAUGAGUUUUUAUGAUCGCUUGAAAUAUUAUUUACCAUGCUUUUCAUGGUUGCCUGACUAUACAUUGAAAAAAUUUGGUGGAGAUAUGAUUGCUGGUAUAACAUUAGCAUCAUUUCAGAUCCCCUUAGCACUUUCCUACGCAACAUCAUUGGCUCAUGUUGAACCAUUGUGUGGACUAUAUUCACUGGCUAUAACACCAUUUGUCUACUGUGUUUUCGGCUCUGUACCGCAAAUGAUCGUUGGACCAGAAAGUGCCAUAUCGUUGGUUGUGGGUCAGGCUGUAGAGAAGUUAGUUACACAUAAUGAAAAAGUGGGAACAAUAAAUAUAUCCGUUGUUGUAACUUUUUUAAGUGGAGCAAUUUUACUUAUAUUUGGAAUCACAAGACUAGGAUUUCUGGGCAAUAUCCUCAGUAGAGCGUUACUAAGAGGGUUUAUCAGUUCAGUUGGGCUUGUGAUGGUUAUUAAUUCACUCAUAACUGAAUUGAAAUUGACGAAGUUACUGGCAACGGUACCAGAACAUUAUCAUACUCCAUUCGAAAAGGUGCAAUUUUUGUUUAAAUAUGGGCCAGAAAAUCUCCAUAAACCAACGGCGAUCCUUAGUUUAUGUUCGUUUAUCAUAUUAAUGACAUUGAGAUUUUUAAAGAAGAAACUUAUGAAAAGAUACAAGUCAGUAAUUUUUUUUCCAGAAAUCCUCCUCAUCGUUAUUAGCAGUCUUAUAAUCUCAGUUAAUUUUAACUUGAAAAAGGAUUUUGACAUUAGCAUGCUUGGAGAUUUUAGCACAUCCGGAUUUGAUAAAUUAAAUAAUCCUCUGGGUAAAGAUAAUAGGAGCCUUUGCCACGAAUUGCUCAGUGUCGGGUUGAUGUGUGCAAUUUUAGGUUUUUUUGAAUCAACAACAGCAUCAAAAUCAUUGGGGACAAUAUACGAUCUAACAAUUUCUUCCAAUAGGGAGCUUGUCGCAUUGGGUAGUAUGAAUUUAGUCGGAUCAUUAUUCGGCGCUUUACCAUCAUUCGGAGGAUACGGAAGAUCAAAAAUCAAUGCUUUGUCUGGAGCUCAAACAGUCAUGUCAGGUGCUUGUAUGGGGUUGAUUACAUUAUUUACCAUUAAAUUUUUGUUACCUGUAAUCCAUUACACGCCGUUGUGUAUCCUUUCGGUGAUAACAACUGUUGUAGGUCUCAGUUUGCUUGAAGAAGCCCCAUCAGAUAUUAGAUUUCAUAUUCGUUGUCAUGGCUACAAUGAACUCAUAAUUUUUACUCUUAUCUUCGUGACGACAAUCAUCCAUUCCGUAGAAGCAGGUAUUAGUGUCGGUUGUAUCUACUCCAUUGGUAGUAUUAUUAAACAUUCAGCUCAAUCAAGAAUUCAAAUUCUGACUAGAGUUAUAGGCACAAAUCAAUUUGUGCCUGUAGAUGGCUAUUAUCCAGGUCUAAAGACCAUCGAUCUAAGAGAAUCAUCUGCGUUAGAAGAGCUUGACGAUUCCACAUUAAUAGUGAAAAUUCCUGAACCACUGACAUUUACGAACACAGAAGAUUUGAAGGAACGCUUGAAUAGAUUAGAAAGGUUUCGCUCAGUACGAAUCCACCCAGGAAGACGUCCCUUACACAAUCGGGAGAAUAUAAAAUAUGUUAUUUUUGAGUUGGGUGGAAUGACUUCGAUGGAUUCAUCAGCAGCACAGAUACUAAAAGAAAUAAUAAAAACUUAUAAAAAGCGAUCUGUUAAUGUAUAUUUUUGCAAAGUAUCCAGUAAUUUACAGAUUAGAACAAGGUUGCAUGAUGCUGGAAUAGAUAGUAUGAUUGUAAGACCGUCAUAUUCAGUCGAAUCUAUCGAUAUCAAUACUCCAUCAUUCCCCUUGCCAUAUUUUGGGAAUGUUAGUGAUGCUUUGUCAUCUAUUCAACUAGCUAAUCCUCAUGGUUUGCAUAUGAUGGAAAGAAGCAGUUCCAGUAGUUUUGUAACGGCAACUUUAUUUCCUUGA